AAUUUUGCUUCAUUGAAUUUCGUCUGCAAAUCUUGAACAACCAAAAUUACUGCGAACAUUCAAACCCUAUACUGAUUGUUGUGAUUGAGAAAUUGAGUUGGAAGAGGAGGUGUCAAUAUUGGAGCGAAACAAGUCAGCGAGAUUCCGUCAGCCAUUUCCAACAUCCAAAAAGCUUGGACUUUUUCGUGGAUUCUGACAGCAACAGGAGUAAGAUUCCAAUACAGGUUGAGUUUCAGAUAGCCAUGCAACAGAUUAGGGAGCUUGAUGAGGAUGCUUACAAUUAUUUGGAGAACAUCCCCACUCAUCACUGGUGCAGACAUGCAUUCAGUGACAGUUGCAGGUCCAACAUGUUACUAAACAACAUGUGUGAGACUUUCAACUCUGUUAUCAGAGAUGCAAGAGACAAACCUAUCCUCACCCAAAUGGAAUGGAUGAGGAGGUACAUGAUGAGGAGAAAUAAUGAGAAGUGGGAGGACUCCAAGGAAAUCACAACCAACAUCACUCCAUAUGUGCAUAAGCUAUUUCAGAGGAUGAGCUAUGUGGCUAGGAAUUGCAUAAUUGAAGCUGCCAGGGAUGACACUUAUGAAGUGCAGCUGAAUGAUGACCAGGUUCUAGUUGACUUGCCCAAUUGGUCUUGUUCCUGCAAUCACUGGCAAUUAACAGGCAUCCCAUGUAUUCAUGCAUUUGCAUGCAUAAUGGAUCAGAGGGUUGAUGUUGAGCAGUUUGUCCACCCCUAUUACGCUAUGGACACUUACAGAGCAGCAUAUGAGCCUGCAAUUCAACCUAUGCCAGGCCCAAAGCAUUGGGAGAGAGUGAACAUGAGAGAGCCUCAUCCACCAGCAUUCAAACAGCAGCCUGGAAGACCUAAACAGAAGAAGAGGAAGCUGGAACCUGGGGAGGGAACAUCUGCAACAGGAGGAGAGCAGGGAAGAAAGAGGAGGAAAAGUCAGUGUAGGAUUUGUGGUGGAUUUGGCCACUAUCCCAAGACUUGCAAGGGCCCACAUGAACCUGAACCAACUGAGCAGAGAACUGCAGGAAGGCCUCCUUUAAAUUCACCUUGGGUAGUUGAGCAAAGGAAGAAGAGGGAGAUCAAAGCUGCUAAGAAGAGUGCAAUAGGGGCUGGUCCAAACAGCAUUGGGAAUAGGACUUUUCCCCAAGAACAACAAGGGCAGCCACAAGCCAAGCAUCACACCACCCCCUCUUCCAGCCAACCUGAACCCAAUGCUACUGGAGUGCAGACAAGGAGGGCUAAGCUGCUGACUUCCAGACAAGGAGGGCUGACACAAUGAUGUUUGAAUUGUUUUUCUGAACUUUAGUUGUUGGUUGUAUUUUCUGAACAAUCAGUUGCAAUAUUUGUAGCUUUACUUUUGGGUUUAGGACAAGGAUCCUGUUUUGUUAAAUUAAUACUUUGCUUUAAGGCUUUACCAGCCAAUUUUGUUAGGCACUGCAACAACAAAUUUGAUCAACAACUUAAAUGCAAUAUCAACUACUUAGGUACUUACUUAA